AUGGGCUCCAUUGAAUCUCCAAGCCGCGUCGCCAUCGUCACCGGCGCCGCCCAAGGCAUCGGGCGCAGCAUCGCCCUCCGCCUGGCGGAGGAUGGAUUGAACGUGGCCAUCAACGACAUACCAUCGAAGACAAAGCAGAUCGAGGAGGUCGUGGCGGAGAUCAAGGCGAAGACGAAUGCGAAGGUGGUCGCUGCGCCAGCGGAUGUCACCAACGAGGAAGCGGUCCAGGCCAUGAUUGCUUCUGUGGUCGAACAGUUGGGUGGACUGGAUGUGAUGGUCGCGAACGCGGGAGUGAUGUCCUACGGUCCCCUUUUGAUGGUCCCAAGCGAGGAGUGGGAUCGCGUCAUAAAUAUCAACCUGCGAGGCGUAAUGCUUUGCUACAAAUAUGCGGCGAAGCAGAUGGUAGAGCAAGGAAGGGGCGGACGGAUCAUCGGGGCGUCGUCUAUGGUCGGGAGACAUGGUGUUGCGUACACGUCGGCCUACGCGGCUUCGAAGUUCGCCAUCCGUGGUUUGACACAGUCAUCUGAGCUGACAAAGCACAACAUCACUGUCAACGUAUACGCUCCGGGCGCAAUCCGAACAAACAUUGUCAGCAUAGAAGAUGCAAAGGCGCAGGGCUUGAAUUCUUCUGCCAUGUCCAAGCUCCCCAUGGCGGAGCCGGAGGUCAUCGCUAGCCUCGUGUCGUACAUCGCGAAGCCGGAGGCAUUCUUCAUUACCGGUCAAACAAUCUCGGCAAAUGGAGGGGCACACUUCGAUUGA